AUGGGAUUCUUCAUGAUGACCGCCUUCAUGCUCGAACUCGCCAUCCCCUACGACCACUGGACCACCCACCACAUCAGCUUCGUCGUCAUGUACGACUUCACCUUCUUCUUCGCCAACUUCGGGCCCAACAGCACCACCUUCAUCGUUCCAGCGGAGAUCUUCACGGCGCGGCUGCGGUCCACAUGCCACGGCAUCUCGGUGGCCGCGUGCAAGGCGGGGGCCAUUAUAGGUGCCUUCGGGUUCCUCUACGCGGCGCAGAGCAGGGACCCAGCAAAGAGGGAUAAGGGCUAUCUGGCCGGCAUCGGGGUCCGGAACGCGCUCUUCCUCUUCGUCACGACCAACUUCCUGGGCCUGGUGUUCUCGCUCCUCGUUCCCAAGUCGAAGGAGUUCCCUCUGGAGGAGAUGUCCAGUCGUGAAGUAAGUAAAAGAUUGCAUAAAGUGUAA